AUGCGCGAAACGUUUGAUGUCUGCAUUGUGGGUGCUGGGCCGGGUGGCUUGGCGGCGCUGUCCGCCAUGACCGAACCCUAUUCCCUGGACCAGCUCUCUCGAGAUCAAUGGAACCGCGUGGCGCAUGUGGACUUGAAGCACCGGAAGGAUCGGAUCCCUCCCAAAGUCUGCGUGGUGGACCCUGGAGGUUGGUUAAGUACCUGGCACGCGCGCUUCAAGGCUCUGCAGAUCCAAUGGUUGCGGUCACCUGUCGGAGCACAUCCGGAUAUCUUCGACAUGCACAGCUUGCUGGCCUUUGCCACGCGAACCGAGCGCUGUGAUGAGCUCCUGGACUCGGGCGCGGUGAAUGCAGACCUUCGAUCACUGCCAGAGGCGGGGCAAGGGCUUUGGAACCUUCCGUCCAACGAGCUCUUUGAGCAGUUUUGUGGAGAUCUGGCAGCUCGGCUUCCUCAUAGCUUCAUUCAUGGAGAGGUGACCAGUGUAGAAGGUGAUGAUGGAGACUUUACCGUCUUUCUCAAAGAUGGGCAGCCGAUCCUCGCGCAGACCGUAAUUCUGGCGCUGGGUGUGCCAGGGCCUGCCGCCUUUCCAGGCGCACUGGCACCAGUUCCUGAGCAUCUCAUGUUCCAUUCGGAUUUCGAAUGCGGUGCUCGUUUGCAGGAGCUUUCCGGCAAGAAGCGUGUCCUAGUGAUAGGGGGUGGCUUAACUGCAGUCCAAGUCGCACAGCUGGCUCUGAAGAAAGACUGCGAAGUGGUUCUCUUAAGCCGUCGCCCUCUGACCACGCGGCAUUUCGACAUCGGUGAGAGGUGGUUUGACCGGCGCCGUGCGAAUGUCCAUCAUUAUGAGUUCUUCCAGAAGCCAAUGGAAGAACGCUUGGAGCACAUUAAAGCCACCAGAGGUGGGGGUAGUGUGCCUCCCUUCUACAUGAAAGAGAUUCGGGAAGCAGAAGCCUCGGGACGUUUGGUAUGUAAACAGGGUGAAGUCCAGCUCUCCCACGUCUGGGCGGAGGCGGUGGAUGUCUUGAUCGAUGGCCAAGUGAAUCGCUUCGAUCUGAUCGUGAAUGCUUGCGGGCACCGUGCAGAUGGCCGACAUUUGCCCUUGGUGCGUGAGCUGCUGAGAACUGCCCCGACAGAGGUGGUCGGAGGCUUUCCAGUGUUGUCGCAAGACCUACAGUGGGGAGACUUCAAACAGCUCUUCGUCGUAGGGGCCUUGGCAUCCCUUCAAGUGGGGCCUGAUGCUGGCAAUCUCAUGGGCCUGAGGAGGGCGGUCCAGAUCGUGGCGAAUGCCCUGAGCCUGCGCGAUGUUCAUCGCCAGAGGCUUCGAACAGAGGCACACCGAGGUAGCCCUGCCUCAACACCGGACCAGAGAGCGCUGUUCUUGGGCACACCGACCAUCGACGCCGGAAAGGUCGACCAGGCGGACGUCACCUGA